ACACACACACACACACACACACACACACACACACACACACACACACACACACACACACACAUAUUUGUACAGUAAUUCCUCAUUACUGCUAAACCUCUUGAACUUCGUUCCAGCUGUGACCUGUGACCUCAAGCCUUCACUUACUCUUCAUGACUGGACUUCAUGCAGCCACUCGGACGUUUGCUGUUUUUUCCCACUUUAAGCUCUUUCACAUGCUGCACUUCACAGCCUUCAUGCGUUUUAGUUGACUGAAGCACAAGUAAAACAAAAGUGGUGAUUGGAACGUGUGAUGCGUGUUUGUAUAAACACGGUGAUAUUUGGACCUGCUACAAUUUAAAAGUAAACAGCAGAAGUAGAGGAUCUGAGAGGAGACGAACAGAACUCAGACUCUAGUAGAUCCGCUUAUCUUCACGGAUGUUUCCCCCAACAGCGAGUGAAGGUCACAGCAGGGAUAAGCUGGUGCUGCUGGACGGGUCACAGUCAUUGUUCCUCUGUGGUGAUGGAGCCUUUACUGGGACAGGGCGUUGACUCGCAGCACCUGCGCUUUUGUUUGAGCCCAGGUUGUUAUGAUAUUUGAUGCUUGUUCACUCAGCUGAUGUGCAGGACUUGGACGACGGCCUGUCGGCCCCGAGGUGCUGAGGCUGUGUGAGCUCCUUCCUUUGUUUUAGUGCCGACGUCCGUGAGGAGUUUUAUGUCAUCAGACCUCUAAUCUGCGGCAGAUUGAUGAGGUGCUGUUGAGGCGCAGCAUCGAUAGGGCGGUUCCUGCUUCCAUCCAUCCUUUCCUCCACACGGGGGGCGUCAUGGCGCCGCGAGGCCCGCGGGCGCGGCGGCCGGGUCGGCCGUGAGCCCCGCCCCACGUCGCAGCCCCGCCCCCUUCACCGCCAUGUCACCGUCCAGCAGCUGGAGCCGGCAGGUGGCGGCGGCGCCGCGCUGGGACUGAGCUACCACACAUGCACACGCACGUACAGAUGCACUUUCAGAGCGUUUCACACUGGACAAUGUGCAACAUCACGUUCUGUGCGGUGGACAGUAAGGUGGACCAGUUCUUCCAGCCCACGCUCUACAUCAUCGUCAUCAUCCUGGGGCUGCCCACCAACUGCAUGGCCCUGUGGGCUGCUUACCUGCAGGUUCGCCAGCGCAACGAGCUGGGCAUCUACCUGAUGAACCUGUCGGUGGCUGACCUCCUCUACAUCACCACGCUCCCUCUGUGGAUCGACUACUUCCUGCAGCACGACGACUGGAUCCACGGUCAGGAGAGCUGCAAGCUGUUUGGCUUCAUCUUCUACACCAACAUCUACGUCAGCAUCGCCUUCCUCUGCUGCAUCUCCAUCGACCGGUACCUGGCGGUGGCGUUCCCGCUGCGCUUCGCCAAGGUCCGCCGGAUCAAAACGGCGGUUCUGGUCAGCUCGGUGGUUUGGCUCAUCGAGAUCGUGGCCAACUCCGCUCCUCUCUUCCACGACGAGCUCUUCCAGGAUCGCUUCAACCACACCUUCUGCUUUGAGAAGUACCCCAUGCAGGACUGGGUGGCGGGCAUGAACCUCUACAGGACGUUUCUGGGCUUCCUGGCCCCGUGGACCGCCAUGCUGGUGGCCUACCGCGGCAUCCUGGUGGCCGUGCGCUGCAACGUGUCCACGGAGCGGCAGGAAAAGGCCAAGAUCCAGCGCCUGGCGCUCAGCUUGAUCCUGAUCGUGCUGCUGUGCUUCGGGCCGUACCACGUGCUGCUCCUGGUGCGCAGCGUCAUGUUCCUGAGGAAACCGUGUGACUGCGGCUCGGAGGAGAGCCUGUUCGCGGCGUACCACGUGUCGCUGGCGCUCACCAGCCUCAACUGCGUCGCCGACCCCAUUUUGUACUGCUUCGUUAACGAGGGCGCCAGGAACGACGUCAGCCGAGCCCUGGCGGCGCUAAUAGCCGCUCUCUGCAAAAGGGGGUCCUCGUCCUCGCCGUCGCAUGCCGACAUACUCCACACUGGCUCCGUGACUAUGGAAACGCCGCUGUCGACUAAAAAGCAGCCGUGCGUUUAUGCAGACGGAGGCAAAACCACCAGCUAUAAGACAGAACUAGUGGCUCUGAAGGAAGAGUGUCUGCAGAUGACCAUCCUGAGCGUCAGGAAGUGACCACCCGCAGAUCCAGACUCUUCAGCUCACCGGCGGAGGAAAGCUGAUUUCAUUUGGCCUGACAGGCUGAAAUCAGAUGCUCUCACGUGGCUGUAGCUGCCUGGGGCACAAGCUUCCACUCAGUGGCACAUUAUCGAGCCAGAAAGGGAAUGAGACCGAGGAGGAUGACGGUCUGAAGCCACGGCUAAGACGCUCACACUGGAGCUUUGGAGGAACUACUCCGACUGACAGCUUGUGUCGCUGAUUGGGUUCAACUUUCCCCACUCCCAGCUUUAGUUUGUCAGUACUGCAUGCUCACGUUAGCAUGUUAACUCUCAACGUCAUAGGUCCCAGAGAGCAGCUGUUGUUCAUGAGGAUCGCUGAGGUUUAAGGAAUCCUCGUGCAGUGCUUGACCACAGCUGCUGGUGGCUCUGCAUGAGGCACCAGUGAGCCAUCAAAGUCCUUGGGGUUCAACCUCAGUGGACCACGAAUGUCUGUUUUAAGCUUUAUUCAUUCAGUAUGUUGGGAUAUUUCAGAGUGUCCGACCCUUACAGUCACAUCUUUGGUGCCUCUUGUCAAAUGCAAUUUGAUAACUUGGAUAUUUGGACUAUUCUCCAUGUGCCAGGUGUCACUCAUGCCAUUUAAGUGGACUUAUUUAACCUACUGUAAGCACUCAUUGAUGGUUGCCUUUCGUUCAUGGACAGACGAGUAGACAGGAUGACGCUUGGCACAGAAAUGUGCCACUUGAACGAGCGUUAACGCAUACGAUUGUAUGUUACUAGUCUAAAAUAUUUGCAAUGCUUGGUGGGAAUGUCGUCAUGGAUUCAUGGGGUGUUUGAAGGGAAUAAUGAAGCCUCAUGAAGUACCUCAGCUUGAAAACUGUGGCAGGAAGAGUCUGUCCUGGCUGAUGUGAGCCUGGUAGCUUUGACAGAGAUGAUCCGAAUAAUAAUCCGAAGCCUCCGUUCAUUCACUGUGUUGAGACGAGCACAAAGCAGUCUCAUGCUAAAACCAUCGUCUCUUAACAAACACAAAAGACCCACGGCACCUUCAUCCUGGCUGCUAUUAGGGAAAAAAAAGGAAGUAUUUCUGUGUCGUGUCAAGUUGUUUUUAUUUACUGCAUUUGAGCAGUAAUGCAAAAAUUAAUGUAUCAUUUGAUUUGUAUGUGAAAUUGAUAUUUUCUUGUAAAUAUUACAAGUUUUAGCUGUUGCCACAGCUUCCGUACUUUAAAAUGUGGUGACUACUUUAAGACGCUGUGACCUUAACCAGGCAACAAGACGUUUAAAGAGACGUUUGCCUGAUUUUUCCCAACUCAAAGUGACCAAACGAAGCUUUUGUAGCGAUUGAAACCCUAAAGCUUCUACAACGGUAGACGCUGCUCAAUGUGCUAAACAGCAUCAAAGCAUUAAAUGAUGCCAUUCUGAAAGUUUAACAAUAUGAAAAUGACUGGCGUGCAGCGUUUGGGCUUGUGUCUGAGUCAACCUUUACAGUGGAAGCACAGGACGUGCUCUGCAGCUGCUCCUUAUGCAUCUGUAUGUCAGAGAGCGGAGGUACCAGGCUUCACCGCGUGUAUUUGUUGAUCGACAGUCGGUGAGAAAUAAAUUAUGCAUUUGAAACUUUG